AUGUCCUCUCCCUACCAAGUCCAUUUCGGCUCAAACUACUGUCCUCAACCUGAUGAAAGUCGAGAAAUCAAGGCUUUGGUCAUGGAUCUCAGUGCCCAUGCUGAGCAACUCGACGCGGAAAUCGCGCAACUGCAGAAACAAAUGGACAAAUUUGUUGAUGAACGCAGAUCGAUUCAAUCUCAAAUAGAAGGCCACCAAGCGCUUCUGUCGCCUAUGCGUCGCAUUCCAGUUGACCUUCUACAAGAAAUAUUCGUGGUCUGCUUACCCUCCGAGCGGUAUUGCGCGAUGAGCGCUUAUGAAGCUCCGAUGCUUCUUGGUCGUGUAUGCAGUCAGUGGAGGACCACGGCGUUUUCGACUCCUGCUCUCUGGUCAAGCAUCCACAUUGCGGAGCCAUGGUUAAACGGUGAAUCGCCUGCAGAAGGCUAUACUCGAGUCAGCGCGAUGCUUGCCGCUCGAUUAGAAGCGGCAAAACAAUGGCUUGAUAGGUCAGGCUCAUUACCACUCUCCAUAUCAUUAUUCCUUGGGCCAACAUACGGUUAUUACCCGCACACUCUUGUUCCUGACCCGCUACCACUCCUGCAUCUCGUGCUUACCUACGCAAAGCGAUGGCAAACUCUCUAUCUUCACAUCCCCCCACGCGAACUUUCACGAUUGGAGGUUCUGAGUGCUGGAGAACUGGGUACUAUUACCUUUGAUCAUCGGGACUCACUAGGCAAUGGGGGUGAGAUUGGCUGGGGCGAAUGGAAUCCUCCCAAAGGUACACUUCUCGAAGCACCCGCCCUUCGGACUUUCAAUAUUCAGGGCAUAACUGUGGACGUGAAUAACUUCCCAUUCCCAUGCAGUCAGCUUACUUCUCUUACUCUGGGGCACCGUAUGGAUGAAGUCUUGGACAGCGAGAGUGUUUUGCGCCUCAUUAGACUCUGUCCACAUCUCGAACAUCUCGAUAUAUGCCUCAGACGCUUCACUUCAAGCUCAGCAGACGCCACGUCCGUCGAGUCACGCAUCCUCCGGACUCUUGCUCUGCGUUACUCAUCAUUUGACCCAAGUUCGUUGGAAAUCCUUGAUUUCUUAACUCUGCCUGCAUUGCUCCAUCUAUCCGUCUCUGGUCGUAUUUCAGACCCCGGCGACACUCCCUCUUUUUUGCGGUUCUUGACCAGGACGCCGCGUUUGGAGGGUUUGGAUAUCGGAGGCGGGGUCUUUGAAACAAUUUCAUUCGCCGAAACUAUUCCCUUGCUUCCUCGCAUUAUCAACUGCCACUGUUGUAUCAUUUCAGAGGUACAGAGUUUGCGUUUUGACAGACUUCGAAUGUCAUUUCCCGUCUCCUUUAUUGGAAUACCAUUUCUGGAGAAGUAUGGCCUAUCCACAACCAAUUUUUACGCCUCGGGCCAGCAAAUGUAUACCCUGGUCAUAUAA